UGUCCAAUAGGAUAACUGGGAGCAUCGUGAUAGGGUGAACGUCGUCGUAUUCAACGUCGCCCAGCUUCCCGAAAACGACGCCGUGGCGUCAGCUUCACUUCUUUCUUUCUUCCUCCAUCAUCCCCACUGCUAUACAAAAACACACAGGGACAGCAGGCAAGGGAGAGAGUAAUCCCAUCCUUCGCCGACCACAGAAGCAUCAAAAUAUCUCGCUUUUAUCUCUCUCGAUUAAAAUAAAAUAUUAAAGUAAAAGUACAGAAACAACCGCCCUCCGCCUCUCUUUAUCUGAUUCCCGAGGGCAAAACCGACUUAUCUCUACCCGAUCUCCUCCUUCCCCAUCGGGUCAACUGUCGGAUAACCACCGCCGCCGCCGUUGUUCAGCGAGCCGAGUAAUGUGAAUGAAGAACUGAGUUUCAAUUCUCGAAGCCGGGGUUUUAGGUUUACAGCGGAAUAGUAUUAGCUCAAAUGGAUCGGGCAGCUGUAACAGUGGGUCCGGGUAUGGAUAUGCCGAUCAUGCACGACAGUGAUCGAUACGACUUCGUUCGAGAUAUCGGGUCGGGUAACUUCGGGGUGGCCCGGUUGAUGAGAGAUAAGCAGACAAAAGAGCUGGUUGCGGUUAAGUAUAUUGAGCGAGGGGACAAGAUAGAUGAAAAUGUUCAGAGAGAAAUUAUCAAUCACCGGUCUUUAAGGCACCCUAAUAUUGUUAGAUUUAAAGAGGUGAUUCUGACACCAACUCAUCUGGCUAUUGUGAUGGAGUAUGCAUCUGGUGGAGAAUUAUUUGAGCGCAUAUGCAAUGCAGGACGGUUUAAUGAGGAUGAGGCACGUUUCUUUUUUCAACAGCUAAUAUCUGGAGUCAGCUACUGCCAUUCAAUGCAAAUAUGUCAUCGGGAUUUGAAGCUGGAGAACACACUGUUGGAUGGAAGCCCAGCUCCUCGGUUGAAGAUAUGUGAUUUUGGGUAUUCCAAGUCUUCUUUGCUGCAUUCACAACCAAAAUCUACAGUGGGAACUCCUGCAUAUAUUGCUCCUGAGGUGUUGCUUAGGAAAGAAUAUGAUGGCAAGAUCGCAGAUGUCUGGUCUUGUGGUGUGACUUUAUAUGUUAUGCUGGUUGGUGCUUAUCCAUUUGAAGAUCCUGAAGAACCGAAGGACUUCCGGAAGACAAUACAGAGAAUCUUAAAUGUUCAAUAUUCAAUUCCAGAAAAUUCUUUGUUGCAGACCCUGCACAACGCAUCACAAUACCUGAAAUUAGGAACCAUGUGUGGUUUCUGAAAAACCUCCCUGCUGAUCUAAUGGAUGAGAGGACCAUGGGGAACCAGUUUGAAGAGCCGGACCAGCCCAUGCAGAGCCUGGAAGUCAUCAUGCAGAUAAUCUCGGAAGCCACCAUACCUCCAGCUGGUUUGUAUAAUCUGGACCUGAUGGAUGAUGACAUGGAAGACCUAGAUUCUGAUCCUGACCUUGACGUUGACAGCAGUGGAGAGGUCAUUUAUGCAAUGUGAUUACUGUUGAGGUCUGGUGAAAUUAACCAGAAUCUGCAAAGAAUGGAAGAAUCAUCCUGGCAUAUGCAGCCUGAAGACCUUCAGGCCGUCUAACAAAUGUGUUUUGGAGUCCAGCCAUGGUUCAGGGUAUCAAUCCAGGUUUAGUUAUGAGAUGAGCAAUGUAUACAUUUUCUGUAUCAUUUCUGUUGAAGAGAAAAAGCAUGGAGUGAAUGGAUGCAAGAGGAGAAUACUAAUGGUUAUUAUGUAUCUGCUGGUCAUAUAACUGUAUAUUGCAUCUGAGCCCCCCGUGGUCACUCCUGUCUGCUUAUCUUUUUUUGUAUUGGUUCCAGUGCUUUCUGUUGUUUGUUGGGUUCCUAUAAACAUGUGAUAUGUACCUAUGAUGUACUCAGUUUUAUGGUUUAUCUUGGAGCUUCUAUAGACCUUAUUUUGUUGUAUAUGUAUAGUCUU